GCCCCUAGCCCGACCCGAAAAAAAGCAUAUCUCACACCACUUUGCUCGCUCGGCUUCCGCUGCGUCACCUCCGCUCAGCGCAAAUUAGGGGGGGCUCGGGCGCUAACAAUGGACCCGAUUCCCCGUGCCUGUGAUUUUCCAGGGGGUCGUUUGGCUAUUCGGGUCGGGUCGAGUAAAAAAAUCCUUCUUAUCACUGGCACAUCUCCUCUCGAAUACCUUUGCCCUGGAACGUGUCCUGAUUAUCCCAUCUAUUGUGUCCUUAAUCUCAGAACUACAUAUUUGUCCCUUCAAAACUACGGCUCUCUUCCUUUGCUCGGUUUCUCACGCUCAGCAAUCAUCGCGCCUCGGAGCGUCGCGUCACCUAUCGAAUCGCAUCGCCUCCGGCACUCCCGAUCGCCAGCCAACCGCCAUAACACGAUAUUCACGAUGCCUUCCCGAACCCUUCCUACAUUUACGCGGGCACAAGUCGAAUCUCAUGACUCUAGCACAUCUUGCUAUGUCACUAUCGGCCCCAAAGUCUACGAUGUGACGGACUUUGUCGACGACCACCCCGGAGGUGGCGACCUCAUUCUCGAGUACGCUGGCAGAGAUAUUGAAGAGAUCCUCAAGGACGGUGCCUCGCAUGAGCACUCCGAAGCCGCGUACGAAGUCUUGGAUGACUCCCUCAUUGGCUUCAUCGGUGAGGGCAACGGCUCUGCGGACGCUAAGCAGGAUGCCAACGGCGGCUUUGUCCACCCCCGAACCGGCAUGUCCUGCGAGGAGGACCUCAGCAAGGAUACCGAUUACAACUCCGACUAUAAGAAGCACAAGUUCCUCGACCUUAGCAAGCCCCUCUUCUUGCAAGUCUGGAGAGGCGGCUUCAGCAGGGAGUUCUACCUGGAUCAGGUCCAUCGCCCUAGACAUUACAAAGGUGGCGAGUCUGCCCCUCUCUUUGGAAACUUCCUCGAGCCACUUACAAAGACGCCUUGGUGGGUGAUUCCUACGCUGUGGCUCCCCUGUGUUGGAUAUGGCCUCUACCGUGCCUCUGAGGGCCUUCCUACCCUCAGCACAGUGGCAGGUUACUUCGCAUUUGGCGUAUUUCUGUGGACGUUCAUUGAGUACUGUAUGCAUCGCUUCUUGUUCCAUCUUGAUGACUAUCUCCCCGAUAACCGCGUUGGUAUCACCGCCCACUUCCUGCUCCACGGCAUCCAUCACUACCUGCCCAUGGACAAGUACCGACUAGUCAUGCCCCCAACGCUCUUCGUUGUCCUUGCUACUCCGUUCUGGAAACUCGCACACGCCGUCUUCUCUUACAGCUGGCAUGCAGCUACUGCUGUCUACUGUGGCGGCAUCUUUGGCUACAUCUGCUACGAUUUGACGCACUACUUCUUGCAUCAUCAGAACCUGCCCCUUUGGUACAAGGACCUAAAGAAGUACCACCUUCAGCAUCACUUCUUGGACUACGAACUCGGCUUUGGCGUCACCAGCCGCUUUUGGGAUCGUAUCUUUGGCACUGAGCUUCAGCCUCCUCCCAUGAAGAUGAAAUAAACAAGCCAAAAUGUUUUGUGGAAUUCCUUUGAAAGCAUUGCUAUUCAUGCAAGUUAAAUAAUUGCACACCUAGUGUGUGUCAUCUGUGAGCGGCCGCUGACGGCUAUACAAAGUUUAAUGAUUAAUUGGGUGGGUGGGCUUAUGCCGAUGUCCUUUUUCUUUUUUUGAUAGUGUUCUCCAUUCACCUCUGAGUUAGAAUUUUUUUAAUUUGACGAACUUUACUCUUU